AAAGUCCCCCUUUCUUUUAAGUGGGCCCACGAUCCUGAACCCAAACAAUCAAAAAGCCGUGGCUUCCGUCGGAAGCUCCAGACUCCCUAGUCCUUUCCCAGUUCCCAAACAGCCAUGUUAUUCAAAAAUACCAACUCAAAAACCUCAUGUCUUUCAAUUUUCUCGCUCAGACUGUUUGUAUAUUUGCUUUUCGAUGGGGUUCUUUCUUUUUUUGGUCUUUCUCUUCAUCUGUAAAGCUUUGGGUUUUUCUUACACCUUUUCUCUCUUUCUCUCUCUCUUUAUUUUUUUGUUUUGCGCCCUUUUUGGUUUCCUUAAUGGAGAAGAUAGCUUCAGACUUGAAGGUUGCGGAGUUGAAGCAGAGUAGUAUCUGCAAUGCCAUGGAAGAGCUUCAUUCUCAAGCUUCUUCCGUACUAUUGAUCACCCUUCAAUGGAAGGAUCUACAGCAACACUUGGACUCCACUCGUACUAAGCUUGAAAGCCUUCGUCAAGAGCUCGGGGAGCGCGAAAACCACAUAGGUUUGAAAGAGAAAGAAUUGGAAGCCCAACGGUUGCAGAUAUGCUUCGAGCUUGACCUCAAAGAGAAGCGGUUGAAUGAGGUUGAUAGUCUGAUCGAAGAGCGAUCGAGAAUGAUUGAGUUUAACGAAAAGCACAUUGAGUCUCUCAUGGUUCUGAUUCAGGAAAAUUGCGAAGAGCUCGAGAUUAAGGAGAACAAAUUCAGCUCUCUGAAUGCUUCUUUGGGUAAGAAAGAAAGAGAAUUCGAUCAGCUCAAUAAACGUGUUGCAGAGAGCAAGAGUAGAUUGGAUUUGUUGCAGAAGAUUAUAAGAGAGGCUGAGUCGGAGGCCGAUUCAAAGUCUAAAGAGGUUGAGUCAAAGGGGAGGGAAGUUGAAAAGCUUCAAGCUUUGCUGAGGAAAUAUCACGAGGACAUCGAAUUGAAAGAGAGACAGUUCAAUGCUCUGAGAAGGUCGGUGGAGGAGCUGAGAGAACAAGUUGAGUUGAAAGAAAAAGAAUUCGAGAGUGCCAUUUACGAAUGCGGGAAAGAGAUCAAGUUGAAAGAGGAAAAGCUGGCUUUGAUACAGGAUUCUGUAAUGGAAUGUACGGCCGAGCUCCAAUCGAAAGAGCAACAGCUCCAUUCUGUGAGAGAGGAGGUCCGGUUGAAAGAGAAGCAUUCUGCUUCGCUGAGAAAAUCAAUGGAGGAAUAUUAUCAAAAAUUGGGGAUGAAAGAAGCUGAAUUCAAAGGUCUGUUUGAGGAGCCGGGAUUGAAAGAGAAAGCACUGGAAUCGAAAUUUGAAGAAGUUGAUUUGCUCUACAACAAGAACAAUGAAUUCGUCAAAGAGGUUGAAUUGAAAGAGAAGGUCAUUGAUGAGGGUUUCAAUGAACUUGAAGCGAAAGAAAAGCAAUUCGUUUCGAGGGUUAAACAAUUCGUGUUGGACAAGAAGGAAUUCGAAGAAAGGUCGUUGAAAGAAAAAACUAAUAUGGUUCAAGUAAAUAUUGAGCAACCAGAUAAUGGCCCCCCUAACAAUUCAUCUUCUACAUCAUCAAUUUACCAAUCGUGCAUCUCUACUAGUGGAGGUGGAGGUAACUUGCAGUUGCUUCUGUAUCAGAACUUGAAAAGGCAUGAUUUAGUAUGCAGUCAGAUCUGUGCCAAUCUCAGAGCUUCAUCGGACCCUGGGAAAUUGGUUUUGGAUUCAAUUCGAGGGUUUUAUCCUCCUGGUGGUAAAGAUAAGGAGGAGGAUGCUGAUUUGAGAACCGUCAGGAGGAGAUGUAUUCUUCUGAUGGAGCAGCUAAUGACAACCUCACCAUCAAAGAUUAGCGAUAAAGUGAGAGAAGAAGCAAGGAAGUUGGCGGCUGAUUGGAAGGCUAAGUUGAAAGUGGAAACGGAGGAUCAAUUGGAGGUGUUGGGUUUCUUGCAGCUUUUGGCUGUCUUUGAUUUGUCCUCUAAUUUUGAUGCCGACGAACUUCGGAGCCUUCUUCAAAUUGUUGCUUACCAUGGACAAGCACCUGUAUUACGUCAUGCCCUUGGCAUAGCUGAUAAAGCCCCAAGUGAAGUUGAGCAAGUGGAAUACUUAUCGGGAAACUUUGCCACCGAUUCUGCUCCAAAUUUGCAUCCCAGCACCACCAAAAGUGGAAGGAGUUUGCACUGUCGAAAUGAGCAUUUGACUAGAAAUGACUCGCCAGAUAAUGAAUCUUUAGCAACUCUUCAAGUGUCACAUGACCCGGCAAAAAUUAUGCUAGACAUGAUAGAAGGGGUAUUUAUAAAAUAUAGGAAGUGUCCAACUCGUGGUUGCAAUGCAAAUGUCAUGAAGGAUUGUAUUUCCCGGUUUGAUCAGCUAAUGGGGCUCUCACCACAAAUUGGACCUAGUGUGAGAGAAGAUGCAAAGAAUCUGGCAUUAGAAUGGGAAGAGAAAAUGAGAGCUGUUCCUGAAAAUUCUUUUGAGAUUUUGUGUUUCCUGCAGUUUCUUGCUACAUAUGGAUUAGUUUCUUCAUUUAAUGCAGAUGAUAUUUUAAAGUUUUUGGAGAAAAUUUCUCAGCAUAAGGAGGCUUUAGAGCUAUGUACAACCCUUGGUUUUGCUGAUAACAUUCCUGAACUUGUUCAAACUCUUAUUGCAAGGAACCGACAUCUAGAUGCUGUUAGGCUUAUUUGUUCAUACAAGUUAGUUGACAAGAUUUCACCUGCACCACUAUUAAAAGAAUAUUUGGACCUUGUGAAGAAAUCUGCCAGAAAUAUUUGUAAAAGAAAUAAGACUGCUGGAUUCAAGGCGAAGGCUAGGUAUGAGAAGAUAGCUGCACUAAGAUCUGUGAAGCAAUGUGUUAUAGAUUACAACCUUGAGUCAUGUUUCCCACUCACCGAUAUUGACAAACGCAUUGAUCAGUUAGAAAAAAUCAAAAAGGAAAGUUGGACUCCAUCUCAUGCCUCCAAACCCAAGGUUGCGCCACAGCAGAAGAAACAAAAUGCCAGGACUUUUGACCACAAUGAACAACAACAACAACAAAAUAGAAACAAAUGUCCUCGGGUACCUAUGUCUGUAUCAAGCGGUGGACCACGUGGAUCAUCGGUAGUUUGCACUCCUGUGUUUCCACAAGUGAGUUCAUCUAACCUGCAUGGAGCAGCAACGCCUGCUAAUAGCCAUUGGCAGUGUGGUGGAUUCAGUGCAAAUUUUGGAGCAGGGCAAAAUGCUGGAUUGCGUUACUCGUUUGAUACACUGUCCAAGCAUUAUUAGGUUCUAUCUCUAACUUAUGCUUAUAUUAGCUGAGGGUGCUAUUUCUAACUUAUGUUUAUAUUGGCUAAGGGCCAUCUGUAUAUAAUGUAAUUAAUAGGUUAGGUCAUGAUGGUUUUACGUAAACUCCUUUUAUGAAAUGAUUUUUCUGCCUCUGAAAUGAAAAAGCUAAUCGCAUGUAAAGCUUAUAGCAUCGUUGUUUUUCUAAAAACGGCUAUGUGAUUAUUGGGUUAGGCCAUUAUGGUUUUGUUUAAA